CUCUUACACUUUCCAUCCUAAUGCACAAAACUCAUAUUUCUCUCUCUUCUCUGCGCUUUGCCCUAACCAACCUCCACAGAUCUGUUACCUCCAUUUUCAGUGCCUCGCUUUUUUUAAGGCAUUACAAGUUGUAGAUACAGUUACUACUCAAUAUGGAGCUGAGUACUAUAAAAGAUGCUUUCGAACGUGUUACUAAGAAGCAAACGUUAUCUUGUUCCAAGACUCAAGAAGCGAUUGAUCAUAUCCGACACGAAAUUGAGAGUGUUUUAGAUACAAUUCAGUCAGUGAAUAAUGCUGACCAUGAACUUGAUUACAAAACCGUCAUGAGUGAGCUCAAGGCCAGUUUACUUAAAGCUGCUCCACUUUCUCAAAUGGAAGGUACACAAAAAGAACUCAACAAGUAUGGAAAACUUCUUGAAAAAUAUUUCAAUCCUGAUAUAUCCAAGGCUUACAGAAAUAUCGACAUUGAUAUUCAUACAUUAAACCAAAUAAUUGCCAACCAUUUUUACCGGCAGGGCCUUUUUGAGAUAGGGGACAAUUUCAUGAAUGUGGUUGGAGAGCCUGAAUCUGCUGCCAUUAUGAAAUCCCCAUUCCUGGAAAUGUAUCAAAUACUUGAAGCCAUGCAGAAUCAGAACCUAGAGCCAGCCCUCAACUGGGCUGCCACUAAUAGUGACAAGCUUGAUCUAAGUGGAUCUGAUAUUGUGUUGAAACUUCACACAAUGCAAUUUGUGAAAGUGCUUCAAAAUGGAAGUAGAGAGGAAGCCCUUAGCUAUGCUCGAACACACCUUUCCCCUUUUGCUUCCCGUUACAUGACUGAGAUUCAGAAGCUUAUGGGUUGUCUUCUAUGGACCGGAAAGCUUGAUCGAUCUCCUUACCAUGCGCUACUAUCGCCAUCUAACUGGGAUAAGUUGGCUGAGGAACUUAAAAGGCAGUUCUGCAAUCUUCUGGGUCAGUCCUACAAUAGUCCGUUGAGUGUGACUGUAGCAGCAGGCAUCCAGGUUUUGCCAUCUCUCCUCAAAUUUAUGAGCGUCAUGGCAGGGAAGAAGCAUGAAUGGCAGUCCAUGAACCAGUUACCUGUACCAGUUGAAUUGGACAGCGAGUUCCAGUUUCAUUCUAUUUUUGUUUGUCCUGUCUCAAAGGAACAAGCAACUGGAGAUAACCCUCCGAUGUUAAUGGCCUGUGGCCAUGUCCUCUGCAAGCAGUCUAUCUUGAAGAUAUCAAAGAACUGCACAAAAGUGUUCAAGUGCCCAUAUUGCCCCUUUGAUAUUGAUGCAGGACAAUGCAGGCAGCUAUAUUUCUGAUAUCAAUGGAUUCAUAUGAAACUCUUGUAUAAACUGAAUCAUGUGUUAGCAUAGGUGUAACCGUACAUGGCGCAUGCAAAAAGCCAAUUCCUUGUUGUGAUGUCUGUAUUUAAUAAAUUUGUUGUAAAUAGAAAUUCUUUUUAAUUUGGAUAUGUGCAGCAAGUCCUUCGUUGAUUAAUAAUCACCAGCAA